CCGUAAACUAUUCAGCUUAAAUAAGUUGUCUCAUCACUGUGCAACAUUACAAGCAAGCAUCUUGCCGUGUUCAUCGUCUGAUAUUUUCAGCAGACUUUACGGGUACAGUUUCUAAAAUACGUAAGAUGUAGACGACAAUUCAAUCAAAUGAUUUACAUUUCAUUUUUCAACUGUCAGUUAUAUCUGUAUUUGUAUUGGAACGCAAUUUAGUAGGAUUGCGUACAGUACGCCAUGUAUAGUUUCUUAUAUUUUCAUUGUUGGUUGUUUGUAAACAAUGUUACCAGCCGUGCUGUAUUACAAUAAUUCCGCGAUCGAUUAGAGUCGGGGUACGUAACCUCAAUAGAAGACUUACGUCAGCAGGAAUUAGAAAACAAAGACGGGAUCUAGGGUACCGGAAUAGGUAUCGUAAGUACAAAAAAGUUGGGAGCUUUUAAACUAGCAUCUUUCGUAUUGCUUGUUCUUUCGAUAAAAGCCGACAAAACUAAUAAAUCAUACACUUAGUACGACAGCCGACUGUUCGACGUAACAUAAAAACAACACCGUUUUUGUAGUUUAUCGCCAACCCAGAUGAAAAAGGCUCGUGACAAAUCGACAUCUACUUUUUAACUUGUUUGAACGAUGGUCCAAGUUUCGCACAGCCGUCAAACACUAACCAGGUUAUUGAGGAUGGCCUUCCUUUCUGGGACGCUUCCUGUCCGAUUCUAGUUCAUGGUUUAGUCGUUUCCGAGUUAGCCUUCCAUUUGCCUCUCAGCUAACUCGUCUCCGCCAAUCCACGAACGAAUUUUACAUUUGAAUCACGAAUCGUACAAGUAUUUCAUGUGUCCCGAUUGCUCGGAUGAAAUAGACUCGAUGGGCGUUGGCAAAAAUCUUAAAGGUUUCAGCAAUCGGUUGGGCACCGGUUGUAAAGCAGAAGAAGCUUCUCUCGGCGAUAGCGGUGAGUUGGCGGACCUGGUUAAGUCUACGAACAUGCCAAAGCUCGUACUGAAUUCUGGCAAGAAUUCCAAGAAAGGUUGGUCAUGGUAUAGAACUCCAUCAACGGAAGCAGUUGAAGGCAAAGAUCCAUCACCGUUUGAAAUCUGGAGGAAGUUUGUACGCACAACAACCGGACACGGUUUCGCUCGGAUCGUGGAUACGAACGAACACUGGCAGCUGAGAGUCUUUUGGGCGAUAGUUGUCCUUUUACUAGUCGCUGGAUUGUUAAUAUCCGUUUUCAUCAUCAGCUACGAAUCACUGGUGGUCCGAGGAUUGCAAAGAGAGUUCAUCGUCCAGUACAACAAUACGAUGUACUUGCCAGAUAUCCACAUUUGCGACACGUCACUCUUCAGCCGCUCUGCACUCGAAUCUAUGGGAUUUAAUAAAACCAUGGGCAGCUAUCUGGCGUUAACACUUUCACCGAUGUUGGCUUCACGUUCACUGCGGAAAGACAUGAAGAGACGUCAAGAAUUAGAAAUAAUUUACAAUGUAUUGAUGGAGAAUAGGACUAUCCACGAUGUCUACGAAAGAGCAACCCUUAAAUGCGAAAAUAUCAUCCUUGGCUGCACCCACGAUGUUACUUCUUACAACAGCUUUCAGUGCUGUCAGAAAAUUUUCGGCAAUCGGACCUACGUCACUGACUUGGCUACGAUGUGCGUUUCCACGGCAAAACAGCAACCUCUUGAAGAGAUAUUUGCGUCGCAGAUUUAUGGCCUGACUGUUUACCUCAAAACAAAUACUCACGACCGAUUCGAGUUUGAUUCGACCAUCGUUACGAGCAAUGUUGCAUCACGACGCGGCUUACUUUAUGCCGUGUCCGAUCCGAUCACGGCCGUCAAUCCCAUCGUUUCAGCAGCUGGGCAUUACAUGGCACCAGGCAAAUGGGCUGGUGUUUCCAUCUCUUUCACAAGGACAGACAAUUCGGAAUUGCAAACGGGCAUCUUAUCGCCAUACUCUUGCGUGCCAUCUGGAACGACUAGUCACUCGCACUUGGUACCCAACUAUGACGUUUACAGCGAAAGAAAUUGCAUCUUCGCCUCGGCUCGAGUUGUCCUCGAAAGGAAAUUUAAUUGCACCAUUUUCCGUUUUCGUAAAACUCACCAACACGUAAACGUUACUCCGUGCUGCGAUCCUGAUAUUAUGAUAGGCGCCUAUUCAUUGAACCUUGCACAGAAAAUCAAGAGACAGUCUGCCGGUUGUCCAAUAGAUUGCAUUGUCAAUGAUUACAACUUGUAUUCAACUCCGUCGCAACUUUAUUUGGGCGAUCAGGAUGAGUUUUUCGAAGGACAUAAAAACGGUGAACAUGUUGUGUACAGCGCUAUUCACUUCUUCUAUCCGUCUUUCAGUUAUACGGUGAUCAAGAACCAUCCACAACGUCUCGUCAAGUGGCUGAGUGACGUCGGCAGCAACAUGAGCCUCUAUCUCGGAGCUAGUUUUGUUACGCUUUUAGAAUUCAUCGUUCUUGUUUUGCGUUGCGCUCGGUUUGCGUUUCAGAAUUAGAAAAUAUUUUCGUCCUGUAUUUGUAGUCGGACAUUUUUAUAGCCGUCUAACGGUUCACCAAAGCGUAGUACUUUAAGUUAAAGAGGGAAAGUGAAUCUCUUUAACUUUUAUUAAGCUAGAGUUGCCUAUAGUGUCGGAAGAUAAGCGCGCGGUAAGAUGGAAUGUACCCACCUGAGCUUGUUUAGCCUCGUUUGUGCUUACCAAUGGAUGGCUGUUUGACGUAAUUAAAUCUUUUAAUACUCACUUCACUUUUGCAGGGUUUUAUUCGCCAGAUAUGAGCGACAAGAUGUGCUACAUCGGGUGUUAAACUCUUUGCUGUAUGUUUCAAUGUUCAAACCACAUCAGCGAAUUUAUAAUUCUCGCAGAUUUUCAAGAUAACGUGUUGUUGACAUUUUUCUAUUUCAUGUUUUACCAUUUAAAGGAAACACUACUACCAUUAGCAUUAUUGUUUUUCUUCAAUGUUAUUCUUCGAUCCGUUCCUAACUUUAACUGGGACAAUUGAUGUUGUCUCGAGUACGGCCCACUGAAGUCUGUUGAUCACAGCACUCCAUCUCUUUUAGCAUACAGCCCUUUGGACCAUUGGAGAUUUAAAACCCGGCUGAGCCUUAAUAGAAAUCUAUCCCACACAGUCGUGAAACAAUGGAAUAGACCUUUUACCAACAAUACACAUUUGCAGCAAUUCACAUA